AUGAAUUUAGAUAUACAAGAAUUAGAUAUAAAUAAAAAAUUAGAAAUAUUGAAUCAUACAUUUGAUGAAGCAGUUAAAUAUUUGAAUACACACAAGAUUGCAGAUAUCAAUAACGACAAACAACUAUUCUUUUAUGCUCAUUAUAAACAAGCUACUGUCGGGAAAUGUAAUACAAAACAACCUUCUUUAUUUGAUUUUGUUGGUAGAUCUAAAUGGAAUAGUUGGAAUGAUCUUGGUAAUAUGGAUAAAGAAGAUGCAAAGAUUGAAUAUAUGACAUUCCUUGAAACAUUGGUACCUCAUUGGUUAGAUCAAGUUACAAAGGAAACAGAGGAUGAAAUGAAUGCCUCUGCUUCCUCUACAAAGACUGAAAAAAAAGAAGUGAAAGAAAAGAACCAUGAUGAUAUAUUUGAAUCGGAUAGUGAUGAUGAAGAAGCAAAAGAACCUGCACAAGGUAAAGGUACCAUGGGUCCAGUCAUGUCAAGAUUUUCAAUGGUCGAUGAAAAAAUAUUAGAAGAAUCAAAGAAUCAAAAAAAAGAUUUAUGUUAUUAUGUAUCAUCUGAUGAAUUGGAUAUUGUAAGAAAAAUGUUAACAACUGCUACAGCUGUUGAAGAAGAAAGUUUGAAAAUAAUGGUAAAUGAAAGAGAUGAGCAAGGAAGAACACCAUUGAUUUGGGGUUGUGAUAGAGGUAAUUUGGAAAUGGUUCAAUUAUUGAUAGAGUCUGGAGCAAAUAUAAAUGAUAGCGAUUUGGAUGGUUUGACUUCACUGCAUUAUGCUUGCAUGUGUUCUCAUUACAAUGUCAUCAAAUUAUUAUUGGAAAAUGGAGCAAGAAAAGAUUUAACAGAUAAUGAACAACAAACUCCUUUACAAAUGGUCGAUCAUUUAGAAAAGGAAAUAUUAUCUUUAUUCAAUUAA